CCCUGCUUUUGCGACACCUAAGAUGGCGGCCUCCAUGUUGUGCUAAUAGUUAUCAUUGUGCUAAUAGUCAUCAGGGGACUGCUGCAAGGAGUGGGGCACUUAAAGUCCCCUGGUGGCCCCUGGCCUCCAUUUCGGGGGACACUCGAGGCCGAGGAGAGUGAGGGGGGUCGGUGUUUUUCCCUCCCCGCUAAGAUGAAGGGGUGCCCCUGGUUGCCCCGGUUGGCUUCCCUUUGGCAGCCAAGGGCAGGAGGAGGAGGAGGAGGAGGGAGGCCAAGGGGGCACCCUGGGCGCCCCUUCUUCUCUGGCGCCCCUUCCCCAGCCUCCCACUGGAGCAAAGUGGUCUCCGAGGCGGAGAAGAUCGUGGGCUACCCGACCUCCUUCAUGAGCCUCCGCUGCCUCCUGAGCGACGAGCUGAGCAACAUCGCCCUCCAAGUGAGGAAGCUGGUGGGCACCAAGCACCCCCUCCUCGACACCGCCAGGGGUUUUGUGUCUGAUAGCAGAAACAAUCUGCAGAUGAGAGGCCUGGUGGUUUUACUUUUAUCUAAGGCGGCUGGGCCCAGCAUAACAACAGAGAAUUCCCUUCAGAAUGAUAUGGUCAGUGGAAUAUAUUCCAGGGGAUCCUGGAACCAAGCCCAGCAGAUACCAAGUGCUCACUGUAUAUGGAAGAGGGAGCAAGCUUGUUUUCUUCUGCUCCAGAGCCUAGAACAAGAUCCAGGAGAUUUAACUUACAAGAAAAGAGAUUCCACUCAAACAUUAGGAAGAAAAUCUUUACACCAGCGCACUCUGGCAGAGAUUACAGAGUUGAUCCACACCGCUUUCCUGGUACAUCGUGGGAUAGUAAACAUUGGUGAACUGACAUCUUCAGAUGGCCCGUUGAAAGACAUGCAGUUUGGAAACAAAAUGGCAGUCUUAAGUGGUGAUUUUCUUCUAGCAAAUGCAUGCACAAACCUUGCUACACUACAAAAUACUAAGGUUGUAGAGAUCAUGUCAAGUGCCAUUGGUGAUUUAGUACAAGGAAUAUAUUAUGAAAAUUCAGAUUUAGCAGAGGGAAAGGGUUUCACAGAUGACACUGGACUAUCCAUUUGGAAAGAACAUGUUUUCCUAUCCCAUAGUGCCUUGCUGGCAAAGAGCUGCCAAGCUGCCAUGGAACUGGCAAAACAUGAUGAAGAGAUCCAGAAUAUGGCCUUUAAUUAUGGGAAGCACAUGUCUAUGAGUCGUAAGCUAAAUGUCGACAUUCAGCCAUUUGUUAGUGAAAGUUCUAAUGAUUCUGUGGCCUUCCAUUUAAAUUCUGCUCCUGUUAUCUUACACCAGGAGUUUAUUGGAAGAGAAGCCUGGAUUAAGCAGGUUAAAGAGGCUCAAGCUAAAGGAAACUUAAUAGACUAUACUAAGUUGCGAGAGGCAAUCAAGGCUGGCAAAGGUGUGACUUCGGCUAUUAACCUAUGCCGUUCCCAUGGAAACAGAGCACUGGAGGCUCUGGAGUGCUUCCCUCCCUCAGAGGCCCGGUCGGCUUUAGAAAACAUUGUUUAUGCCGUGACAAAAUUUUCAUGAUGUAAAAGAGACCGUUAUUCAUUUGCAGAAACGAAUGGAACAGAUAAUAGCUCUGAGAGCCCGCAUCCGCCAUGGCUAAGAAUCUACAUGUGGCUUCUUCUUCUUCUUCUUGAUUCUUUUUUCGUAAAUGUUUCUGUUCCACUCACCACAUUCCCAAAUGAACAUAUAUCCUUCGGAACUGCUACAAACAAAAUUAGGGAAAAAAAGGUCAAACAGUUUUCACUUGUCAUGCCAGAAGCACACUUGAGGCUGCACCGGUAGAAAUAAUUAAUGAGACUCACUUCUGUGACCUCAGCAAAUGGACAGGAAAUAAGUCCUUAUUGAUUGGACAUAGCCAGGGAUGGCGCCAGUGUGGUGGCCUGUGGUUUUCCUGCACUAUAGAAGACAGAGGGGGGGCGCGAAGCUGCAGGUGUCGGGAGGAAUGCUUUCUAAAUCUGCCAAAGAGACUGCUGUUUAAAACCAGAAUUAAUGUAACAGUUUAUCAACAUAUGAAGGGCAACUCAAUGAAAGGAGGGGAUCUUUUUUUUUAUCUGAUCAUAUCCAGCUAUGUCUCCUCAGGUUGUUCCUCUAUGUAUUUAAAUAUAAAAUUGCCCUGUGUCUAAUGUGCAGAAUGUUUGAAAGAGCUGCUGCGCACACCAGGUGUGGUAAGAGCUUUACGAUAUUAAUACGACUCUGUAUACAAGAACAGUUUUGAAUGCCUUGUUUGUCAAGUCCUCAGUUUGGUUCAAAGAAUGAGAUUUUAAACUCCCAAGAGAUUGAAAUAGUUGCCUUUUAUAUAUCAUGUCAUCUCUUUCAACAGAAGUGGGCACUAAAUUUAACUACAUUUAUUAAACAUUGUUUUUCUUCACACAAAAUAAAUACUUCUUCAUAAGAGUCUGCAUGAAUUCUCUGCCAUACUGAAUUAAGGAUAGUUCUCCCCUCCACUCAGCCCCCAUUAGUGCAAGAUUUCAUUCCUGAAUAGAUGUAUAUUACAUGAGAAGUUUUUUAACCUUACUGCGUCAAAUGUUAAAGUCCAAUUACAGGGAGAAUACAAAGUAUAUCAGAAGCCUGCAAUCUGACACUGUCUCUAUUUUGUUCAUAGGAGAUGAUUUUUGUGGUUUGCAUGCUUGCAAUCUGAGAACGUCGUUGACAAGAAGGCUGAGUUUACAUAAAUGAUCCAGAUUGAGACUCAGCUACCUUUCUUCCUUCUGUGGUGUAAUUACAGCCCAAUCUGGAGACAGCUAGCACAGCAAACAGAUUUCAUUACAUUGCUCUCUCAAACACUAAGUGGAGUUAUUUCAGUUAACUUCUUCUUCUACUUCUUCUCUCUCUCAGUCGCAUACACACACACAGACACACACUGAAAAGUGUCACACACCUUCCAUAUAAUGGGCCACAAUGUUACCUUCAACUUUUUUUUAACAAAAUCACACAUUUAAUUAAAAUCAUAACAUAAGGAGGAACGAAAGCAUCUUGAUACCCUUGACUAGAGCUACAUUUUUAAUACAUUUCUUGUUUUAAAAAGAAUAUUACACUGGAUGAAAGUGGAGAUCAGAAUAGUUCAAAAUAGAGAUCAGACUAGUUGAAUAGACUGAAGAAAAAUCCCUCUGGAAAGGGGGACAUCAAGGAUUAUGUAAGUAGCACUUGUCAGUUUCAAAGUGCCUUUUUUGUGUUAUUAAUGGUCUUUAAAAAGUACAUAUGACACAAUAAUUUGCAACUUACAAAAAAACAAUCGAAAUUUCCCCCUACAUUCUGCUUCCCUUUACCAAAAACUAGCCCUUAUAAUAAAGGUGACACCUGUGAAAGAGAGAGAGAGAGAGGAGAGAGAGGGAAUGAUAGAGAGAGUUAUUCCCAUGCCAGGUAGUAUUGUUUCAAGUAGGCAAGAAACCAAUCAAUCCCCAAAGGAGUUCAAGAAGUUAUCCCAGGCAGCUGCAAUGUUCUCUUCUCUCUCUCUCUCUCUCUCUCUCUCUCUCUCUUUUAACAUAGAGUGGGCUCUUUUUAACUACAGUAUUUAAUCUUAGCACCUUAUCACAUUAGGUUCUUCUGCUAAAACAGCAUUGUUCUCAAAAGCACUAUGCAGUCUGGACCACUCUCUUCCCUAGUGUACCUUCAUUUUCUCCAGCAUUGCAGCCUUCAUUUGCCCUAAAGCUUCAUCACAUGCAGCAUUGCGCACUGCCCACCCAAUACCACCUCUUUUCCUAGUUUGGCGCACAGAUUUCACACACAUACAAAGAAAUCUUAUGUUUUAAAAGGCCUUUUUUCUUUGUGGGAGGAGAGAACUUCCUGAUUUGGGAUCCCUUGAUUAAUCACAGAUGAAGCAGAUGAAGAUUUAUCAGUUUAAGUAGCAGUUAAUCUGCCAAGGAUUACUGUAUAUACUCAUGUAUAAGUCUAGAAAUUUUAGUCAAAAAAUUGACCCAAAAAACCUGAAUCGACAGGUCAAUGUGUGGCGGGUUACAGAGC